AUGAUAUAUGUGAGGAAGAGAGUGGAGAUUAAGGGUGAGGGGUUAGGGGAGGGGUGGGGGGGGGGGGGGGGGGGGGGUGGGGGGUGGGGGGGGGGGGGGGGGGGGGGGGGGAGGGGGGGGGGGGGGGGGGGGGGGGGGGGGGGGGGGGGGGGGGGGGGGGGGGGGGGGGGGGGGGGGGGGGGGGGGGGGGGGGGGUGGGGGGGGGGGGGGGGGGGGGGGGGGGGGGGGGGGGGGGGGGGGGGGGGGGGGGGGGGGGGGGGGGGGGGGGGGGGGGGGGGGGGGGGGGGGGGGGGGGGGGGGGGGGGGGGGGGGGGGGGAGGGGGGGGGGGGGGGGGGGGGGGGGGGGGGGGGGGGGGGGGGGGGGGGGGGGAGGGGGGGGGGGGGGGGGGGGGGGGGGGGGGGGGGGGGGGGGGGGGGGGGGGGGGGGGGGGGGGUUGGGUGGGGGGGGGUUUUUGGGUUGAUGGGUAUUUGUGUGGAGGAUGUGAUGGGAUUAGGGAUGAUGUGGUUGUAUGUGGAUGUGUUUGUGGGGGGUUGGGGGGGGGGGUGGGUGGUUUGAUUUGGGGGGGGAUUUGUUGGGGUGGGUUGGGGUGUGGUUAG